GAGAAACAGAGUUUGAAGAGCGAGAGGGAGAGGGGGGUCGAGAGUGAGGGAGAGUGUGGGAGGGAGAAAGGAUAAGAUCGUCGUCACUCGUCACAAUAUAUUGCUGAAUGGCGUUGUCGGGUUGAACAUAUUUUCUCAAACCCGAGGAAAAAACAGUCUGAUUUUCUCCUCUUUUGACUCGGCGAUGCGGAGAGGCAGAGCAGCCAAGCAAGCUCCGGCCGCUCCGCCUGCUGAAAACAUCAAUGGAUCUGGAGGAUCUCAGGACAUUAGGUUCCGUGGAGUGAGAAAGAGGCCCUGGGGAAGAUACGCGGCGGAGAUUAGAGACCCCUGGAAGAAGACUCGCGUGUGGCUCGGGACCUUUGACUCGGCUGUGGAUGCUGCCCGAGCCUACGACGCCGCCGCCUUGAGUCUCCGGGGCCCGAAAGCCAAGACAAACUUUCCGGUGCCGGUUAAUUCUCACCAACCCCCGUAUCAGCAGAGCCAGCCUGAUGCCCUUGAUCCGCCGUUCAUCGAUCCCCGGGUGUACAGUCAAGUGCCUCCGAUUUUUCCUCAGAGGCGGCCUGCCUCCAGCGGCAUGAGUAGCACGGUGGAAUCCUUUAGUGGGCCCAGGCCACAGUCCGCGGCAGUCCCUUCUCGCCUUCAUCCCAGGUCGCCGCCUGUGGGUCCGGAUGACUAUCAUAGCGACUGCGACUCUUCAUCUUCAGUCCUUGAAGACAGUGACUGCAAAGACAUUGCCUCGUCUCCUUUCAGAAAGCAGCUGCCUUUUGACCUCAACCUGCCGACUUCCAUGGAGGCAGACGAUCUUCCCUGCACAGCUCUUCGUCUUUAAUGCACCGUGGCAGCUGAGGCUGCUCAUCUUCGGCUCCCCCCUCAUCACUGGAAACCAAAUCCAGUGCUAGUAUUUGCUUGAUCUCUUACUUUUCUGUUUUUCUGUGUACCCGCCGGUUUUAAAGAAAAUGUUGGUGAAAAGAAGGAAAUCCAAUCCUUUAGAGCUAAAUUGUGAAGUCCGAUCAUUAAAAAGAUCAAGCUUAUGAUAAAGUCUCAGCUAAACUACGAAGAGAAUGUACUUUUUAAAUUGCAAUUCACUUCCGAUAGUAUAAUUCUCUUAGUAUCCCUGGCCGCAUCAGUGUGUUGAUAUAUAUUUACCAUCGUGUAGCUAUUAUUAUGGCUUCAAACCCAUGCAUCAAUGCAACAUGAGUUGUUGUCAUGAUUAUCAUUUAUGUAACAAUUAAAUAGAUAUAUCAAUCCUACAGUAUUAGAUGAAAUUAGUUUGUAUUCGCUCAUUUUCUCUGAAAUUUGAGUUGCAUGUUAUAGCUACUUCAUGACGGAAAAGCAUGUGUGGACAUAUUUGAGCAUGAUUUGAGGUUUUGUGCUUUUUGACAUGCAGGUCAUCUAUGUAAGCUUCCAUUAGAACUCCAAUCUCUUAUUUGAACUACCUGGUUAUCGUUCUCGUAAAAUAUUGCUUGCACUCCAUGAUAAACCAAAAUAACACGUACCACGUAUUAUUAGUUAUUUAUUACUAACGUAUUAUGUUACCUUAUUAUCUAGAUUGUAAUUAGGAUGUCUCCUUGUAUAGAUUGAACUCUUUUCCUUCUAUAUUUGUUUCUUACCGUUUUGGUCUACCAUUUUGUAGACCAAAAUGAAAUACCAAAUGUAAUAGUAUACCAUGUAUAGGUUAAUGUAUUUUUGUGCGCUCCUUGUUCUCUUUCCCAUGCAGGUAUGAUGAUGCCUGUAGAAGAGCUUGUACCCUCUGCCUCAAAGUGGAUGAUGAUGUAGUAGACCAACUAUUGGUUAAUGUACUCAACUGAAGAGUGAUAGAUUUUGGGCAUCUAUUUGUUAGUUUCUCAUAAGUUUGUGUUGUUGUGGUCCAGUACUCCAAUGCAAAUUCAAUGUCAUUUUCAAACAUACUUGAGGUGAACACAAACGGCAUGACAAUGAAGAUUAAUGUUGUAGACAGAUUUGGGGGAUAUCUAUAGUGAUCCCGUGAUGUUUUGUUUUCCUAAGCAGAGUUUGCAAUGACAAAUAUUAUUGGAGGCAAAGCCUGAAGGGCAAGAAUCUGGACAUGUUUGUUGUCGGUUGCGACUCCAGAGUAGAAAAAAGCCUCUCUGUAAAUAUGAUGGGAAACCUUGUUAAUGUUUUUCAUCUCACAAUAACAUUAACAAGGUUUCCCAUCUUCAAAGAAUCCCCCUCCCCUCUCCCAUCAUUUGGGAGUGCAAGUUCUUGGGGUUAGCUUUAUUUCCCUCCUAUGGUGUCUUUACCAAGUCUAACUUCAUUUCUUGGUGCAUUGUUUUUAUAAUGGAUGUUAUAAAUUUGUAUCUUGUUCUUCCUUUGAGCACGUUCCGGCUGAAUUGUUUUGGCAUAGAAAGCAAGUAUAAUCAAUUGGUCACACAAUGUUUGAUUUGAAGAGACAUUUUAAUACCAAAAUAAAGUUAUUUCUUCAUUCAGAUUGAUGUCCUUUGGGGCAUUAAUUGUUUACUUGUAUAAGUUGUAUACAGGAUGCACCCAUGUUUCGGUUUGUCUCCAGUUAAGGCGAGCUGAACUUAAACCGUCUGAUCUGAAGAAAAAGAAAAAAAAAAAAAAAAGAGGCAGCUCAGCCAUUUUAGCUACCCAGAUGUAGCCUGUUCUGUUUCCGAAAAUGGCCUAGUUGCAUCAUGACUCAUGAGGGUUGGGGAUGUAAUAUACUCCAGGAAAUUGUUAUGGCUGUUGAGUAUAGUAUAUUGUACAGGUGGAUGAUCAAAAUGCUCCUUGACAUAAAAAAGAGGAUAUCCAUGAGGGGAUGCUCUUUUGAGGAAGCAGGAGUGCGUUUGCGAAACCAGAAGUCCAUAACUCAAAGGAAAACAGCUCACAAUCGAGUUGAAAAAUAAGAAAAACCAAAAGUGGUCUGAGAAAAAACAAAUCAAGCAGUUUGAUUUGGUUUUUGUCACCAAAUCAAAAUUGUCUAUCAUAUUUAAAAUAUAUUUUUAAAUUAAAUAAAGAAAAAAAUUAUAUGAGAAAAUAAUUAAAAUAAUCAUCCAUCGUAAUUUUAAUCAAUUAGUUGGAAAAGUAACUCUAAUUUUACUCAUUCUUAUGUGUUACACCGUGCAAUGUGCAUAAUCAAAAUUUAUGUGUUUACCAUAGAAAAAGUGAAUUAACAAGACUGAUAUAUUAAAAAUAAUAAAGAGUAAAUAAAGAAAUAUCAAAUCGACCAACCAGGGCAAUAAAAGUUCUAAAAUGAAAAACGUAAAUUGAAAUAAAUUUAAAACUAUAUACAGUUUGGGUUUGAUUUGCAGUUUGUCAAAACUAAAAGUGAUCAAUUUCAACUAAACCUACCCAUCACUCCACCAGCCGACCAGCGACGCCCUUUAUGCACAACAGCGCACAAGAAGGAGUUGUGCUUCAUAAGGUAACGAUUUUUCUAUCCAUCCAUCAUAAGACUGUUAUUCUAAUCAAGAAUAGGCAAACUCGUUAUACUAUAUACGCUUAUACUUGAUCUCAUUCUCAAACAUUCAUUCAAUAAGGUUUGUGGUCGGUGGAAUUAUCAGAUGUUUAGGUCCUUGAAUAAACUCUCAUUUCUUUAAGAAUCGACUCCACAUUUUUUUGUUGUCCUGAAUUUGACGGAUAGACUAUCGAAUGAGUAAGUUCUCAAAUCCACCAUGUAUCCUACAUUCCUACUCACGACAGAAUGUGCAAGUAAGCUUUCACAUUCAAACUCCGCCAAAAAGAAAAGUGCACACAAAUUAAAUCGGUUUGAUCAUCUUUAUAUUUAGUUUAUUUAUACUAAAUUUUGAUUUUUCAUGCUAAAUUGUUUAAUAUCUAUAUAAAUCUAUAUAAAUAAAGUCAAAACCACUUUGGGCUUUUUAAAAGUGUAAAGUAUUUAAGAAAAAGCAGACGUCUCCCUAGGUCUCUAGGGUUAGCUAUCUUGCGCCGAUUUUCUUCUCUCGAUUGUCGGGGGAGGAAUCAGGAGUGUGCGAGUUUUGUCUUCGUGCUUGGCUUUGUGACCGGAAGUUGAGGCAGGGCUCUGCCUCAGGACUCUCGAACAAUUUUCAUUGAUUUGGAAGGAAGAUGGAGGAAAUUGCCAACAAAUACAAGGACAUGGCUAUUGGAGACCAAGAGGAAGAACUGGUGUUUGAAGAGGAGCCGCUUAAGGAGGAAGGAGGCUCGGGCGAACAGGAGGUUUACCCGAUUGUAGGGACCGUGGUCACCGAUCGAAUGGUGUGAUUUCCGGCUUUUCGAGACCUUAUGGCCUCACUUUGGAGGUCGGGCAAAGGUAUCUCAAUAAAGGAGAUCGGCGAAAAAAGGUAUAUGUUUACUUUUUAAUUUUUAUCAUCCUAUUGAUGUGAAACGUGUGCUUGAAGAUGGACCAUGGAUUUUUUAGCAGAAUUUACUGAUUCUUCAGGCACUGUAGCCUGGGGAUGUUCCUCUCUGUAUGCCUCUGAAUGAGACUGAUUUUUGGGUCCAGGUUCAUGAUAUUCCUUAUGUGUUGCUAGGAGAAUUAGGAACUUUGUUGGAAAAAUUAUAAGUUGGGAUAAAACUCAGUUUGAUAAAAAGUGGAAGCCCUAUAUGUGGAUUAGGGUCUGUUUAGAUGUGGGAAAACCUCUAAAGGUGGGAACCACUCUCAGAAAGGGGCAGGGCGAAGGGCACUGGGUUAAUUUUAAAUAUGAGAAGAUGCCUAGUUUUUGUUUUUCAUGUGGUGUUAUAGGAUAUACUGACAGGUUUUGCCCCCUAGUUUAUGAGAAUGACUCUGUGGGAACCAAUUGAUCGUCUGGGGUCGGCCUACGUGCAGGUGGGGGGGAGGCACAGAUGGUGGGGGGAAAUAAGUGGAUAAUUCCAGAAGGUUCAAGGGAGGACAGAAAAGGCCGACCGAGAGGAGGGAGGCAAUUCUGGUCUGAGCAGGAAAGAGUGGAAUAGUCCCUUGACUCGAAACACCAAGAGCGGAUUGGAGAAUGCGGAAGCAGCGGCCACGGAGGACAAGAGCGGUGAGCCAAAGCGUGGGAGGACUUGGGAAGAGGCUAAUGGAGAAAAAAAGAGAACGAAACUAUGGUCUUGGAUGACCCAAAAAACGGGGACAAGGCGGGUUCAGACGCCUCAACCCUCCGAGUUCUUUGAAGAUGGUCUCAGUUGGGAACGGGCGUUGGUGCUCGUUCUUAUGCUUCAAGAUGCUCUUUAAUUUCCACGUCUUUAUUAUUUUUCAGUUUACAUUUUGUACUCAGACUUUGUUUCUUUCGAUCACUGUGGUUUUGUUCUGUCAGACUCUUUUAGACCCAAUACAGGAUCAGCGAAUCAUAUUGCUUUAAGUGGGGGUGACGAGAGUUUUGCUCUGGCCACGUUUGGCUCAUUUAGACCCAAUACAGGAUCAGCGAAUCAUAUUGCUUUAUUUAAGGUGAUUGAUUCUCCAGCUAGUUCGAGGGUUGGUGGCUGGAAAUGCUUCCUUUAUCAUUAAUGUCCCUUGUUGAAUGUUUUAUUAUCAAUAUAAGCCUCCCUGUUACAAAAAAUCAAAA